AUGGGUGCUAGUGUCGCCGCAUCGUACCAAGAGACCAUGGCAGUAGGGAUUGUCCCUGGCCGCUACGGGCGAUGCGUCAAUAUCUGGGCAACAUCUUCGCUACCCGAAGAGCCUCAUGCCGAGCUCGGCCAGAUGAUCAAGUACCUAGCUGAUAACAAAGGAAGACAUCUUCUUCAAGACUACAUCAAAGUAGAGCUAGAGAAGAAAGAGCGCAUCGUAUGGCAAAAUGAGGGCAUCUUGGUUGUCGUGCCAUGGUGGGCGGUAUGGCCAUUCGAGGUCCUUGUGAUCCCGAAGCGUCAUGUCCGCGCGCUUGUUGACUUUACGGAAGAAGAAAGGCUUCAAUUUGCUGAAGCUAUCCAGGAAGUUACUCGACGCUAUGAUAACCUAUUCCAGUGCAGCUUCCCCUACAGCUCCGGGAUCCAUCAAGCGCCUUUGGACGGCUCGGCUGAAGAGGUUAACAGCAGCUACCUCCACAUGCACUUCUAUCCGCCCUUGUUACGGUCCUCUACCGUGAAGAAGUUCCAGGUGGGCUACGAAAUGCUUGCAGAGCCACAGAGAGACAUAACGCCAGAACAAGCCGCUGCACGCCUUCGGGAGUGCGGAGGAGAAUUAUAUCGAAAAGCCUUGUGA